UACGACACCAUUGCUCCCGCCGAGGCAGCACGAGCCGGACGCUUGCCGGCUUUCAUAAUUAAAAAAAAAAACAAAAUUGUCAAUUCCUAAAUUCAAAAGUGGAAUACUUCCGAGGCGUGGUUUCGUCACGUUUUAUUUUUAAUGUUUAAAUAAUUUAAUUUUAAAAUGGCAGCUUACCAAGUGUUAGUAUUAUUUUUCGCUGCAGUGAUAGCAUCGGGGACUUCAAACACACACAUAUUUGGAGGUCGAUGCUCGCGACGGGACCCCAAUGUGGACGCCUGCUUGCUCCGCAGCUUCAACUCAUUCAUCGAGUACAUGAAAGGAGGAGCCCCUGAACUGGGAAUUGAAGAGGCGGAACCUAUUGUAAUAGAUGAGCUGUCAAUCGCACUGGGUGGAGGUCCCGAUGGCUACCGAGCCAGCUUCAAGGAUAUCCAAGCCAUAGGAGCUUCUAACAUGACCAUCACUAAUGUGAGGUCAGACCUAGAAACGCAUCAGUUCCAGUUGACACUAUUCGGUCCCCACAUCAGUGCGCGCGCACGUUACCGUUCAUCCGGCGUGCUACUGCUCGUGCGCGCGUCUGGUGGUGGAGAAUACUGGGGAGAAUACGACGGUGUGAAAGCAAAGGUAUACUUCCGCGGAGAACCGUACACUCGCAACGGUCGCACCUACCUCAAGCUGCAGCAGCUCAAACUGGACUUCUCCGUCAAAGACAUUCAGAUGGGCGUCGAGAACUUGCAGAAUAGCAACGCUGUUUUAGAGGCUGCCCUGAACCUGUUCAUCAACACCAACGCCCAAGAGUUGCUGAAGGAGAUGAAGCCAGAGUUGAAACGAGACCUGGCAGAGAAGAUGUCACGCUUCCUCGACAACGUGUUCGAGAAGAUUCCAUACGACGACUGGAUCGUGGACUAGAAAUAGAUAUUUAAGAUAAUCUUAGGUUUAACACAGAAAUACAGUGAGACAAAAUAGUUGAUCAGACAGACCAACUUUCAAAAUGGUAAUUUUUCCAAAAUGGUGCUUAUGUUUCGGACAUUAGAGUCUAUAAAUUCAAAAUAAUAGGAUAGAAGAAAAAGUUAAAUGAAAAAUUUCUUCAUUGAAUGGUUUUGUGAACAGAGUGAAGCGUUUGACAAGACCAAGUAUGACUUCAUGAAUGUUGGUGCUAAUACAAAUGAUGGAUUUCCCAGUAACAACUUCUAAGUGAAAUUUAACUACAUUAACUUAAGUUGUUAAGAACAAGAUUUCCGCGUGUUUGUACUAUUAAUUCUAUAGACUGGACAUUACUUUCUAUAACAUAGUAAUUGUAAAAUGUAGCGAAUAAGAUAUUUAUUUAGAGUUCUUCCUAAGGUACAUUCGACUUGACCGGUCGGUCCCUUUGUAUUAUUAGUUUUACGACAAUUUGUACAACUGCAAUAAAGUCUUCGAAAUUGA